UAUGUGUUUACCUGAUCAGAAAGUGGCACGUGACGUGCGGGUUUGAUUUGUUUACAUACAUGUUUACUGAUAGGUGAAAGGGGCGGGGCCAUCGAAGGAGUCACGCGACAGAAGUGUGUUUGCUUUCUAUUUUAGUGGAAGAUAAAGAUUAGAAACAAACAUCCCCCUUUUUUUAAAAAACAAAAAACAAAAAAAUGCAUCAUUGGAGGUGCCAAAAUUUUUGGUAUAGCUUUGGUAUCUGAUUUAUGGUUUCCAUGACGAUAUGUGAGACGCAAAUAAUGUUCCUGUAAUGGAGAAGCAGAUUCACCUUUGACCUCGGUUUGAUACAAUGACCACCCCAAUUAACCUAAUGAAAUAAAUAUAGCGUGUAAUUAACCGAGGUUUUCCAAAGCAGGAAGAACUUUUGCGUGUUAAAUAAAAGGUGCCAAAAUGUAUGCAUCGUUUCUAUGGCGAUGUAGGAGACACUCGAAAACCGCGCCCGUCCACAAUUCAUUACAGUUCACCGAAGGGGAAAGGGCAGGGGAUCUGAUAGACAUUUCUGUUGGUGGUCAAUUUCGCUUGCUCUUGUCAGUCAGUAGAAAUCAAGAGGGGAGGGGUGUGUGUGUGUGAGAUCUUUCAGGCUAGUUAAGCUGCUAGUUGUCUAGUCACUAAGUUCCACACAUGAUGGACUCUUUCAGAGCACAUCUGGACAAAAAUAGCUCUGACAUCACCGACAUCCAGAUACACUUGGUUUUUGUGCAGGUCUGUCAUGACGGGCGCCAUGGAGUCAAGCGCAGCCAACCCGGGCAAACGCAUCCGCAAACCCUCUCUACUCUAUGAGGGCUUCGAGGGCCCCGGCCUGCCCCUGGCCCCCACGCCUGUAGCGGGGCCGCCGCCCUCUCAGCACCUCCCUGUGAAGGACCCGAACCGCCAGGGCCGCGCCACCAACCAGCUGCAGUACCUCCAGAAGGUGGUGACGAAGGCGCUGUGGCGUCAUCACUUCGCCUGGCCUUUUCACGAGCCCGUGGACGCCGUCCGUCUCAACCUGCCCGACUACCACAAGAUCAUCAAGCAGCCCAUGGACAUGGGCACCAUCAAGAAACGGCUGGAGAACAACUACUACCGCAGCGCCAGCGAGUGCAUCCAGGACUUCAACACCAUGUUCACCAACUGCUACAUCUACAACAAGCCCACUGACGACAUCGUGCUGAUGGCCCAGUCUCUGGAGAAGGUCUUUCUGCAGAAGGUGGCUCAGAUGCCCCAAGAGGAGAUCGAGCUGCCUCCUCCUGCACCCAGGGGCCGAGCAAUCAAGACGGCCAAAUCACGACGAGGAAGAGGAGGCAGUCUGAGUGUAGCUCAGCAGGUCCCAGCUGUGUCCCAAUCCGCCUAUUCGCCCUCUUCUCCCGACACCCCGGACUCCAUGUUUUCCGGCUCUCCUCACAUGAUGCUCAGUAAACCUGGACCUCCUCCCCCUCCGCCUCCUCCUCCUCCUAUCAUGACUCUGCCCCCCACACAGCCCACAGCUAAGAAGAAAGGUGUGAAGCGUAAAGCGGACACCACCACCCCGAGCACCACAGGUUUCCCCGUGCCCCCCGCAGGCCGUGCUAUGGGUAUGGGUAAGGGUCGUGGCGCUCUCUCGCUCUCGCCUGUACCCAGCCUGACGUGCGGCAUGGGCGUGAGCGAGCCCGUGCACCUGCAGCCCGUCAUGGGACGAUCCGUGCCGCGGCGUCCCAUCAAACCCCCGCGCAAAGACCUGCCCGAGCUGGCCAGGCCGAAGAGCGCGCCGCGUCACCGCACCAAGCUGAGCGGCCAGCUGAGAUACUGCAGCUCCAUCCUGAAAGAGCUGCUGAGUAAGAAGCACGCGGCCUACGCCUGGCCCUUCUACAAACCCGUCGACGCGUCGCUGCUCGGCCUGCACGACUACCACCUCAUCAUCAAGCACCCCAUGGACCUCAGCACCAUCAAGAGGAAGAUGGACGAGCGGGAGUACAGGGACUCACAGGAGUUCAGCGCUGAUGUGAGGCUCAUGUUCUCCAACUGCUAUAAGUACAAUCCACCUGAGCACGAUGUGGUGGCCAUGGCACGCAGACUGCAGGACGUGUUCGAGUUCCGCUUCGCAAAGAUGCCCGAUGAGGUCCUGGAGGAAGAGGAGGAGGAAGAAGGCUUGGCGCCGACCUCACUGGGCCGUAACGUGGGCAUUAUGGGCUUGCAGCACUCCUCCUCGUCCUCGUCGUCUUCGUCGUCUUCGUCAUCCUCGUCGUCUCCCUCCUCUUCGUCGGAAAGCGAGCCGAGCAGCGACAGCGAGCCGAGCAGCGAGAGCAGCCCGAGCUCGGACAGCGAGGAGGAGAGAGCGCAGCGCCUGGCCCAGCUACAGGACCAAGUGUGCACUCAGCUGCGGGCGGUGCACGAGCAGUUAGCCGCGCUCUCGUCAGGCCCCAUCAUCAAACCCAAGAAGAAGCGAGAGAAGAAGAAGGACAAGAAGAAGAAGAAGAAGCCGGAGAAGCGCAAAGGCGGCCGGAGCAACGAGAGGGAGAGGGAGAAAGUAACCAAAGUGACCAAGAGCAAAUCCAGCAAGAUGGCGUCCAUGUCCACUCAGAGCAAGAAAGCUCCUGCCAAGAAGAACAGCAAGAGCAACAAGACGACUAAGAAGGCUUUACCGAGCGCGGCUCGUUUUACGGCUCCCGCCCCGCCGAUACCGCAGUACGACUCGGAGGAGGAAGAGGACGGUCUGCCUAUGAGCUACGACGCCAAGCGCCAGCUCAGCCUGGACAUCAACAAGCUGCCGGGAGACAAGCUUGGCCGCGUCGUGCACAUCAUCCAAUCCCGCGAGCCCUCGCUGCGCGACACCAACCCCGAGGAGAUCGAGAUCGACUUCGAGACGCUCAAACCGUCGACGCUGCGUGAACUCGAGAGCUACGUCACCAGCUGCUUGCGCAAAAAGCCGCGGAAACCUUACGUGAUGAAGCCAGCUAGUGGGAAGUCUCGUGAGGAGCUGGCUUUGGAGAAGAGAAGGGAGCUGGAGAGAAGGCUGCAGGAUGUCAGCGGCCAGCUCAACUCCGUCAAAAAGCCUCAGAAACCCAAAGUGGAGAAAGCCAGCGUGAGCACCGAGCCGCACUCCAUGCCCGCCCGCCUGAGUGCCAGCAGCUCCAGCUCCGACUCCUCUUCAUCCUCCUCUGACUCCUCUUCCUCAGACACCAGCGACUCGGACUCCAGGUGAUCGUGCGGGUUACGAGAGCACCGCGACACGACGGCGGCACAUCCCAGAAUUCAUCCUGCCGGGAUUCCGGGAGGGACCGGGACUGUGUGGGGUGAUCCAGAGAUCCAGAAAAAGACGGCAGGAGGAAAGAAAGAGGAAAAAAUGUAAAAUUAAAAAAAGAGCCAAACUGCAUCAUCCCUAGGCCACACUUUCAUGUGCAACGACAGAUUCCCAAAAGCGUGUUUCGAGACGUGUUUGUUAACGAUGUACAGACUGUGUUGGAUUAAUUUUUCUUUCAUAAAGAAGACUUUUAUAAACGUGCCCAUAGUGGGAGGUCAUGUGGACAUAGAAACUGCGCUGGAGUCUGGUCAGUCAUAUACGAGUAUCUUUCAUCCGCGGUGGAUUUAGAGCUCGCUUUCAAAUUCUCUCUCUCUCUCUCUCUCUCUCUCUCUCUCUCUCUCU